AUGACCGAAGAAUCACGAUUGAGAGUUGUACUUAAAUGCAUUUCUUAUACCCAGGAGCCAAAGCUCCUCAUACUUUUGCAUUUAUUGGGAAUGGCAUGGGAAGUUGCUGGAUUAGCAUAUUUGAACGAUCUUUCUUUUCUCGUUGUCAAUAAGGAUUUGAUGAAUUCAAUAAAAGGCGAGGAUACACCGGAGUUUUCUCAGCAAAUCAUAAAUCUUUUGGACAGCACACGUUAUAAGCUCACUGAACUUGAGGAGCAAGUAGGCACGUGGUAUAUUGAUGGAUGCAAGCUAGCAGAGAUAGAGCUAGGCACAGAUGCUAUGGCAGAAUUCUGCCAGUAUGUCAGUAGGGAGUUUAAAGAGAUAUUUGAAGAGUUAUACUGUGCUGAGGUUCCAUCCAGAGGGUGUGUUGAGGGGACCUUAUGGGAAAAGCUUUUUAGGAUUGUUGAUGCCUGCAAGGACGAGGAAAUGAACCGGAACCAGAAUAUAAGUGAGUGGAUAGAAGGAUUCAAAGAGGAGUUUUUUAAUUCCGAGCACAUUAAGUUUGUGACCACCAAGAAUAUUGUUUAUUCGACUCAUAGGUUCGAGAAACAAAGAAGGGCAGUUAGAAGAAUUCUUCUAGAGGGUAGGGAUAAGGACCAGUUGUUUGACUUCCGGGAAAUUCCUGGAUGCUGCAGCUUAAUACAUCGCCUUGUAGUCUAG